AUGUCGCCGAGUGAGAGACCCCCGACGGCCAGGGGAAUGUCAGCCAACCAUGCCACUCCUGCGAACAGAAAACGAAGGCCAUCCGCAAAUAACACUCCCUCUACGUCCCCUGGUAAUGCACCUGCAGACUUUGAAAAGAUUGAGGCGGUUCUUCACCCCAGCUGUCCGGUUCAUGGGCGACAUUCGACAAGCGGCGUGCGGCCACCGGAGAACGCAGCUGCUCAAGAGACCAGCGAGUCUUCUGACUUGGCCCUCAGGAGAUCCCUUUCGACUCCCGCCACAGCAAACGGCAGUGCGGUUCAGUUCGGGUCGAUAGAGGGCAGCAUUUCACAAAAUCCACGAUUUUCGGCCAUUGUCAACAAGCAGCCGAGCGAUGUGACCUCACUCUCUGAGACGGUCGGGACGGUUUCGACGAUCAGUCGUUCGCCUUCUACACCGUUUUUCGAGCCAAAGACUCCGACUGCCAUGGUGAUCAUUCGGGACCUGGAGGAUGCGGCGUUUGGAAUAGCUAGCCAGGAGAAAGAGACUGGCUUGGCGGAGUUGAGGUGCGUGGAUAGAAACAUGGGAGUUUCUGCCGUUGCUUAG